UAAUUUGCCGUCGCUCGCCUUGUCAUCGCCUCCAUUGGCUUUGACGCUGCCAUUCAGGGGUUUCAUUUAACUAGAGGAGUUAAGAAGGAGCAGGUCUGGAACAUCUGGCAUCACAGCCACCACAUUUGCAUCCAGAUAUCGGCUAAACUCGGUUUUGUAAAACGUAGCGAAGUGCGAUCCACUUCAUCGUAGCUGCGUCUCUGGUGGCGGUAGCAGGGAGAAGCAAGAGCCGACUUUGUUGCGUGGUAUGAAGACAGCAUGGAGUUUCCAGACCACAGCAGACAUUUACUUCACUGUCUGAGCCAGCAGAGGCAUCAGGGUUUCCUCUGUGACUCUACCGUGCUGGUGGGUAACGCCGAGUUCAGGGCGCACCGUGCCGUGCUGGCCUCCUGCAGCAUGUACUUCCAUCUCUUCUACAAAGACCAUCUGGACAAAAGGGGCACCGUUCACUUGAACAGUGACAUCGUCACUGCGCCGGCGUUCGCACUGCUGCUCGAGUUCAUGUACGAGGGGAAGCUGCGCCUGCGAGCGCUACCAGUGGAGGACGUGCUGGCCGCCGCCAGCUACCUCCAUAUGUACGACAUCGUCAAGGUCUGCAAGAAGCGGCUGAAGUGGAAAGGGACAACUGUCCUGACAGGCGACGCUUCCAGCUGCUCAGAUAGAGAGAGCCUCUCGGACGGCAGUGUGGGCUACCCUGCCACCGGAGACCUGCCCAGCGACGAGGAGAUGGACAUGAAAUUGCAGUCCAUGCCUGGGGCUUGCAAUGCGUGGAUGCAUCUCACCUUGGAUGGGAGGGGAUCCCCUCCUGUUAACGGCAGCGUUGUAACAGACCCGAGCUAUGAGGUCAGGACUGAGAAGGCAGGGUUGGACGGCACCGACAUCACAUGCAAGAUGUCUGUCACUUCAAAAGCUUCUACGGAUGCAGCAUGUGUGCUCGACUUGUCUGUAAAGUCCUGCAUGCGCAUUGGGGCUGGUGAGGCCUUGGGCCAUAAUUCCGACAUCUGUGGUGUGAUGACAACACACUCUGAGUUGGACCAGGUGCAGGUUAAGGUGGAGAACGACUCAGGCACUGACGACAGCAGUCUGGCCAACAGGGACUGUGUGAUGGACGGUGGCUUGAGGGAUGCGGCCGCAACCAGUGUUAGCCGAGGAGAUGAGCAGCUAGUAAGUUACGGGGUAAGGCUGCCAGCCAGGCAGGAAUCCCUGCAGCAUGGGGACAAGGCUGGCAUAGAUGGUGCCAUCCUCAGUCUCAGCAGUGAGCCAACGCAGACGGAGCUCGCAAGCUUCGGCAGGUCGCUGUUGCCCUAUGUCGCCAGCAUGCUCUGCGAUCCCCAGAGCCAGAUCUUCAUAUGCCCCUUGUGCAACAAGGUGUUCCCCAACCCCUCGCUCCUGCAAGUCCAUCUCAGCACCCAUUUCCGUGAGCAAGGGAGCCCCCGGGCCAAGCCUGACGGUCACGUCAACGUGCCGACCUGCGCCGUCUGUGGCAAGACCUUCUCCUGCAUGUACACGCUGAAGCGGCACGAGCGCACGCACUCCGGAGAGAAGCCCUACACAUGCGGCGCGUGCGGCAAGAGCUUCCAGUACUCGCACAACCUGAGCCGGCAUGCCGUGGUGCACACGCGCGAGAAGCCGCACGCCUGCAAGUGGUGCGAGCGCCGCUUCACGCAGUCCGGCGACCUCUACCGACACAUCCGCAAGUUCCACUGCGAGCUGGUGAGCUCAGUGUCGCUUAGGAAUGAGGUGCCACGCUCGCCAGGUGUCAGAGAGUGGCCACUGGAGGACGCCUCCCCGGAGCUGCGGAAAUGACCCCUCAGACACUUCGGGUUUGAUUCAGGAGUGACAUUUAUUUCAACGUGUGACGAGAAGCAUCAGGGUUGUCCGAACCUUUUAAAUAAUUGCUGCAAUUCAUACCUCAGGCACCGAGUGAGGCUACUUACCAUUCAAAGAAUUAAUUCAGUAAAGCAGUGUAGAGCUGAGGGAGGGAACACCAGGUACCUGUGCUAUAAGAUUAUCAUUUUUCUUGUACUCCUACAACAGGCUUGCUAAACUGCACUUUAGAAGGAAAUGCAUACUACUGCUAACUUAUUCCUUUACACUCUAUUAAUAACAGGUGUGAUGUAACCCCCUUCUUGAGUAAGACACAAAUGGUGUGUCAGUGAAAGCGAAAUGUGACUAAUUUUUUUUACAAUCCCGCUAUUCCCAAUACUGUGCGCAGGUUAUCUAAUGACACUGGAUUCAGCUGCAGAUAUAAAGUUUAACAAAAAAAAAAAACUUAAUUUGAAACACUAAGUGAGAGCUGUGAACAUACAUACGCCCAUAUAGGGUAUGUAGCUGUGUGUAU